GGAGAGGGAGAGGGAGAGGGAGAGGGGGAGAGAGAGAGAGCCGUGGGAAGUAUUCCAAAUGCGGUGUCUGCGAGUGAGAGCUACUCUCUCAAAUUAAGGAAAAUCGUCUUCCAUACACUCGCAUCUUCAAUCUCCCAUAUCUCAUCUCGUUUUCAUGGCUUCCGUUUUAGAAUCUGGUUGGCUGUAUCUGAUCACUCAUUUCAGCGAUUUCCAACUGGCUUCUCUGGGCAGUUUCUUUCUUCAUGAGGGCAUCUUUUUCUUAUCGGGACUUCCAUUUAUAUUUCUUGAAAGGACAGGACUCCUGAGCAAGUACAAGAUUCAGAGUAAAAAUAACACUCCGGCUGCUCAGGAGAAAUGCAUUACACGGCUGUUGCUGUAUCAUUUUUGUGUCAACUUACCGCUUAUGAUUCUUUCCUAUCCUGUGUUUAGAGUUAUGGGCAUGAGCAGCAGUCUCCCAUUGCCGUCCUGGAAAGUGAUUUUAAUGCAAAUACUCUUCUACUUCAUCCUGGAGGAUUUUGUGUUUUAUUGGGGACACAGGAUUUUACACACAAAAUGGUUGUACAAGCAUGUCCACAGCGUUCAUCAUGAAUAUGCCACACCAUUUGGACUGACUUCUGAGUAUGCACACCCUGCUGAAAUAUUGUUCCUUGGUUUUGCUACCAUCGUUGGUCCUGCUAUCACUGGGCCCCAUCUGUUGACUCUAUGGUUAUGGAUGUCAUUGCGAGUCUUGGAGACAGUAGAGGCACAUUGUGGAUACCAUUUCCCAUGGAGCCUCUCAAAUUUGUUUCCCGUGUAUGGAGGUGCUGAUUUUCAUGACUACCAUCACCGUUUGCUUUAUACCAAAUCCGGAAACUACUCGUCAACGUUCACUUACAUGGACUGGAUAUUCGGCACAGACAAGGGCUAUCGGAAAUUGAAGGCAAUGAAGAACAUUGAUGUCAGCAAGAACAAGGAAAUGUAAGGACGAAAAGGAUUUUUGGCGGAGCAUGCAUUUGGUCUCUGUGCAUGUUUAGCUGAUGUUGAAAAGUUGGUUAGAAUGGAUUAGCUUCAGUUUUAGUGGGUUUUCUCUGAUUUGGGCAUUAUUUGCUGAGAUAGAUGAUGAUGAAUGAUGAUCAGGUUGGUUUUCGUUGUGUGAUGAAUGGGGAGUAGUUUUUUUUUUUUUUUUUGCCUGUAGAACAUGAGCAUGCAUCCCUCUUCUACAUGAAUGGAAGCCUCUCAUAUAAUAAAAAUGUAAGUGCAGUUGUGGGAGUGUUC